AUGGAAAACCCAGCCCUAAUUUUAUCUCUCCCAACUCUCCCUCUCUUCAUCUCAAUGUAUCUAAUCGUCUACCUCACUGCCUACUUCAUUAUCUUCCGUAAAUGGAACCAUAAGCUACGACCCGAAGCUUCAAGCUGUGCAAUUUCCCUGGCCCACGGCACACCCGCCGUUUUCUUAGCCUCUCAGUCCAUUUUAUCCUAUCCAAAUCGCAGUUUCGAUUCCAAAAACACCGGUUACCAAAACCUAGUUCUCGAUUAUAGCAUUGCAUAUUUUCUGAUGGACCUUUUCCACUAUUUAAUGUUCUAUCCUAGUGAUAUUCUCUUCAUCGGCCACCAUUUGGCAACACUCUUCGUCUUCAUCACGUGCCGGUACGUGGUUUUUCAUGGGGCUUAUGCAAUUCUUGUCCUUCUAAUUCUUGCGGAGGUCACGAGCUUUUGCCAGAACGCCUGGACUCUCGCCGGUGCUCGGAGAAAGGAUUUGGAUUACGCCGCCAAAGUGUAUGAAUUUUUGUCUCCUCCGUUUUAUGCUUUGUAUUCUGUUGCUAGGGGUUUCGCUGGGCCGCUAUUUUUGUACAAUAUGUUUGUGUUUUAUUUGAGUGGGGCUGCAGAUGAGGUGAUUCCCAAAUGGAUUUGGGUUUCUUGGAUUAUUGUAGUUGGAAUGGCUAUUUCGGUUAGUAUACUGUGGGUUUCUAAUCUCUGGGUUGACCUGUAUAGGGAAAGAAAGAGAAAACUUGGGAAGAAAAUUAGAUGA